AUCUGGCCAAUAUAACACUACAUACAGAUUGCACCAUUUGUCUAGAGCGGACAUACAGUUUGCCACUUGCUUGGUACACUAGACUAGACUCCCUUCCCGGUGUCAUUUGCUCCAUCGUAGUUAUUUGAUGCAGCGUAUUAUUUUACACAAAUGGCCCAGUUUUUCUGAAGUGUGAUUUUUUUACAGGUGAUUAUACAAGGAGUCGAUUCACUUUGACUCAAAUCCCAACGCUUCAGAAUCGAGGAAUCGGUUCUUUUUUAAUCGAUUCCCAGCCCUAGGAACAAACAGCCCGUCAGACCGGUGACGUGAAUAAGAUGAGCAUAUACAGUUGCUGACCCCUCCAUGGAAGAGGCCAGCGAUGAGGGGUUUUUACUCAAAGCUGGACUCCUCGUCUUUAGGCACGACCAUGCCUCUAAAUCUGGCUGUAGAGACAGAGAAAGCUCAGGCCCUGCUCCAGACCUUCAGCACUGCCUCCGUGCUAGCCAGCACAGGCCUGGGAGCUUUCUGUUUUUUUGCGGACCACUUUCUGACCCUGCCUUUCAUCCAGCACCAUCUAUGGCUCAGGGCUUUGCUGGACAAUGCGGUCCACGGCAUAAUUGGACUCUGGUCCUGGGCCAUUGUGAUUGGGUUGAGGAAAAGAAGUGACUUCUAUGAAGUCGUUUUGGCUGGGUUCCUGGCCUCUGUCAUUGACCUGGAUCACUUCUACUUGGCUGGAUCAUUGUCACUUAAAGAUGCUGUGAAUCUGCCCCAUCGGCCUCCCUUGCACUGCUCCACACUGAUCCCAGCACUGUGUUUCUCUCUGCGCCUCCUCAUGUGGGCGUGUCGGCUAAAGGACUCCUGGUGUUCCCUGCCCUGGAUGCUCUUCAUCUCACUGGCCUCGCAUCACAUACGUGACGGGAUUCGUCACGGCCUUUGGAUUUGUCCGCUUGGAAACACGGCGCCUAUCUCUUACUGGCUCUACGUCACCAUCACGGCCACACUGCCCCACCUGUGUUCAGUGCUCAUGUAUCUGACUGGUACAAGAGACAUGAUCUCCACCAAACAUGGAGUCACCAUUGACGUCUGACGUCUGUCUUAACUGUGGUACUUUGUUUCCUAUAGCAAAGUUUGAGUUUCCUUAUGAGGAAAUUUCAUAAUUACUAUUAUUGUUUUUCUCUCUUCCUGUAAUAUGGUUGGUACUGAACUAGUUGGGCAGGUAUUAGUGUGACAUCAUGUUAAAUUGACUGUGAGUGUGAAUAUUUUAAAUAUGUAUGGUGUAGAUUGAGGCUGGGGCGAAAUGCCUAAAACAAUUGUCUUCAUACUUUUUAGUCUUUCUUUAUAUAUUUUUAUUUAAAAAAAAUUCAGUGGAACCAAACAAGCAUUGUUGCUAAGAUUCAAAGUACUUGAUAAAAGAUUUAAAACCAAGCAAAUAAUAUUUUCUAUAAUGUAUAAUUAUAGACAUUUCAUAAUAUGCAUAAUUUCAUAAAAUUAAUAUGCGCUAAAUAUAAAAAUGAAAAGUUACUACUUUGUAGCGACAUCAUUUUCCUAAAACAUUCUGAAAAGCAAACUGCAAAACACCAACUAUGUCAACAAAGAUAAAUAAUUCAAUUGGUUUUGAAAGCAAGAGAGUUUAAGUCUAGUAAACUCUAACUUUGUUAUUGCGUUAGAAUUUCAAUCAGAGAUUAUAUACAUCUAUGUAGGCUACUGUUUAUUCCUAUUAUGUUUUGUCACUUUGCAUAAAAAUCAUAAAGAUAUUCAUGAUGUGGCUUAAUAUUAUAGUGCCAACGAAAUACACAAAAUAAUGAAUAAUAGGUCACCCAGUUCUAGUGUAGAUGGUCUGCAGAUUUUAAGGCUUCAUCAGUGUGUUGUCAUUUUUAGCUUAGUCUUAUACGCUUUACACUUUACCACACAAUUGUUGACAUUUUAUGUCUUUUUUUUUGAUGAGGAACAACUGUAAGACUCAUGAAGUCCAGGAACAUAAUGCAGAAUGAUUGUAUAUAGAUGCUAUUCGUUUUGCAGUUGAAGAUUGCAGGUAUAUUUACGUGAUUGAUUUUUUUAACCUUUUACAACCAUACAAAGAUAAUAUCUACUUGCUGCCUUGCCACCUGAAGUUAUUGUGUAUAUGAAUACAUCAGUUGUGUUUUAUUUAUGAACUACUGUCCUCCUCCACUUCUAUGUUAACAAAUUACAACACUGUAACACUUUCCUUUAUAUACACUCUUAAAAAUCAAGGUGUUUCAUGAAGGAAUAAUGACCUUUUUUGUCUAAAUGGUUCUUUGAGUAUCCAAACAAGUUUUUUUAGAUCCCUGUCUAGAACUUUUUAACCACAUUUAUUUUUAAGAGUGUACAGACAUUGCAAUUAUGUGGACUUCACUGCACAAGUUUUUUUUUGUAAUCUGUAGUGUGCCAUUACAUUAUUUUAAUACUUAAGAGGUAGGGGAAUAAGGGAAAUGAAUAUGAUUUGUGUGAAAAGCCAUGUUGCUGAAAGCAGCCUGAAAAACCAAAUACUGCUGUUGGGCUAUUCACUCAUAUUGGCAUUUUUCUUUCAGGUUUAUCAAACUUGACAUUGUUAAAUAUUAGUAUUUAUAGUACAUGAGUUGUUGCAGUGGUCAUUGUGCUUGUAUUUAUGACAUUUUAUUAUCAACGCUGUAUUUUUUAUACAUAGCCUAAGCUUAAUUUGACUAUUUAUUCAUAUUUAUUAUCUCUGU